GUCGAAGAUUCCACUACACCAAACUAGUUGCAGUUGUAUUCAAGGCUAAGGAACCGACACACUCAACCACAUACCUGUCGGCAACCACAACCUUAGAAAAAAAAAAAAAAAAGAGUUCAUAGUUGUUGCCGGAAACAGAACCCAAAAAAAAAUAAGUGACACUGUAAUGGUUUCAGUUUUGGUUCAUGGUAGCAGAGAAAGACACUACUAAGAACACAGUGUGAGUUGAAUUGUUUUGAUUCAGCUUAAGUCAUAGCAUUAAGUCAUUAUCUUAAUUUGGGGUUUCAACGCUUCAACUCAAUGUUGGUCCAAGAGCGUUCAACUCCAAAAUCUCCGAACUCAAAACCCCAUUGGAGAACUAUUAACCGCUUCGCCGCGACAAAGAACCUCGAUUUCUCAACAUGGGUAUCCGAAAAUGUCUACAAGAUCGUGGUAAUCUUGCUCCUCGUUUUAACCGUCGCCGCCAUGUUCUUCCUCCGCAACGCCGGCGACACCGCCGCGCUCCUCUGCUUCGAGAAGCAGGCUCAGGACCUUGAGAGGAUCGAGUUUCCGCGCGUCGAUUGGAACUCGAUCACACCCAUCUCCGACAAGACCUCAAAGUUCGCGAAUUUCCGGUCGGAGAGGUGGAUCGUGGUUUCGGUGUCGAGCUACCCGAGCGAUUCGCUUCGGAACACGGUGAAGAUGAAAGGGUGGCAGGUUCUGGCGAUUGGGGAUUCGAGAACGCCUUCGGAUUGGAGCCUCAAAGGUGCGAUCUUUUUGUCGUUGGAGGAACAAGCUAAUUUGGGGUUUAGGGUUGUUGAUUUCCUUCCUUAUGAUUCUUAUGUUAGGAAAAGUGUUGGUUAUUUGUUUGCUAUUCAGCAUGGUGCUAAGAAAAUAUUUGAUGCUGAUGAUAGAGGGGAUGUUAUUGAUGGGGAUUUGGGUAAGCAUUUUGAUGUAGAAUUGAUUGGUGAAGGUGCUAGGCAAGAGGUUUUGUUGCAGUAUAGUCAUGAUAACCCCAACCGAACCGUGGCAAACCCGUAUGUUCAUUUUGGGCAGCGUUCGGUUUGGCCUAGGGGGUUGCCAUUGGAGAAUGUAGGUGCAAUUGGGCAUGAAGAGUUUUACACUCAAGUGUUUGGUGGGAAGCAGUUUAUACAGCAGGGGAUUUCGAAUGGCCUUCCGGAUGUUGAUUCUGUGUUUUAUUUUACACGGAAAUCGGGUUUGGAACCUUUUGAUAUUAGAUUUGAUGAGCAUGCCCCGAAGGUAGCGUUGCCGCAGGGUAUGAUGAUGCCUGUUAAUAGUUUUAAUACAAUGUACCAUUCUCCUGCAUUUUGGGCUUUGAUGCUUCCGGUAUCGGUUAGCACAAUGGCUUCUGAUGUGUUGAGAGGUUACUGGGGACAGAGGCUUCUUUGGGAAGUUGGUGGUUAUGUUGUAGUUUAUCCCCCUACUGUCCAUAGAUAUGACAGGGUUGAGGCGUAUCCUUUUUCGGAAGAGAAAGAUCUUCAUGUGAAUGUUGGUCGUUUAAUCAAGUUUUUAGUUUCGUGGAGAUCGGAGAAGCAUAGAUUGUUUGAAAAGAUUUUGGAUUUAAGCUAUGCAAUGGCUGAGGAGCGCUUUUGGACUGAUAAGGAUGUGAAACUUACUGCUGCUUGGCUGCAGGACUUGCUAGCUGUUGGCUAUCAGCAGCCGAGGUUGAUGUCGCUGGAACUGGGACGUCCGAGAGCAAAUAUUGGUCAUGGUGAUCGAAGGGAGUUUGUUCCACAAAAGUUACCAUCUGUCCAUCUUGGGGUUGAAGAAACAGGAACAGUGAAUUAUGAGAUUGGUAAUUUAAUCCGAUGGAGGAAAACUUUUGGGAAUGUUGUGCUUAUCCUGUAUUGCAGUGGACCUGUGGAACGUACAGCCCUUGAAUGGAGGUUGCUUUAUGGGAGAAUAUUCAGAACUGUAGUUAUUUUGUCAGAAAAGAAGGACAUAGAUCUUGUUGUGCAGGAGGGCCAUUUGGACCAGGCCUACAAGUACCUGCCAAAAAUAUUUGAUCAAUUUAGUAGUGCAGAAGGAUUUUUGUUCCUACAGGAUAAUACCAUUCUUAAUUACUGGAACUUACUACAAGCGGAUAAAACUAAACUUUGGAUCACUAAUAAGGUAUCUGAGUCUUGGGCUUCUGUAUUAACCAAUGACAACUCAGAUUGGUUAUCACAACAAGCAAGCAUGGUACAGAAGGUUGUUAGCAUGAUGCCAGCUCACUUUCAAGUCAGCUACAAAGAUACAAGUGCCAAUGACAAGAACCUCUUAUUAUGCAGUUCUGAGGUGUUCUAUGUUCCUCAGCGCUUUGUCAGUGAUUUUGUUGAGCUUGUUAGCUUAGUGGGCAAUCUAGAGAUCCAUCAGAAGGUUGCAAUUCCUAUGUUCUUUGUCUCCAUGGAUUCUCCACAGAAUUUUGACCCUGUUCUUGAUACAACAAUCUACAAGCAAAAACCUCCAACUAAUUCCUCCACUCUUUAUUCUGCUAAAGUCCCUGCUGUUCAUCCUUGGAAUGUAUCCAGUGAGCAAGACUUUAUCAAGCUUAUCAGAAUAAUGGCAGAAGGGGAUCCACUCUUAAUGGAGUUAGUUUGAAAAUAGAACUGUUUCUUGAUGCUUAUUGAAGAGAAGAUGCAAGAAACAUGUAACACUCAGAUAACUCUUACACGGUCUUAUUUUUUUUUAUCAAAAACAGUGUUACACAAUUUUUUUUUUCUGAAUAUUUCUUGGGUGGUAUUGUAACCCUUUUUCUUUUUCCCCCCUUUUGUAGAUUUGCUCCACAUAGAAAGUGUAUUAAUCCUUUUGCCCCUUCUUUUUUGUGAAAAUAUG